AUGUCCAGCGCCCAAUUUGCCACCAAUCCCGAGGUCGUCCAUCUCAGAGCAACGGAGGUCGCGUACUUGGGUUCAAAGCUCGAGGAUUAUCGUGACGCCAAAGGGAAGACUGGCAAGGCGGCCAUCUUGGAACAAUGCUUGCGUACUCUUAAGGGAGAACGAGAGGUGAUCAAGGGGGAGCCUAUGUCUCGCCAGGCUGCUUCGGAUCUAAAGGCGGCGAUCGAGGGGUACAUCCAGCGAAAUCUUCACACUGUCAGGGGCCCUCAGCGCAGGCCUUGGGGUAUUCGCUGGACCACUCGCCUUGUAUUCCAGUACCACCAUUCACAAACCAUCAUGUAUCUCGCCAAGUUGAUUGUGAACCAGAAGCCCACCCCCAACCUGCGUACUUUGCUGGAAUCCCCCGAGACCAUCAUCCCUGCUGGUUCCUUCGAUCUCGACUACAUCCCUAGCGAAGACGAUGUGGAAUGGGAAGAAUUGGAGUCUGUCGAAGGUCAGAAGAAGAUCGUACGUCCUUUCGACAAGUACCAAACAGCUACGACUCAACUCUGGGAGGUGACCACGACUGCGGAGAGGUGUCACUACGAGGCGAUCUGCACGGAGUGGCUGUCCCAGGGGCCUCCGCUAUCUGAGCGACGAAAGGUUGCUGAGCGCCUGCUGAGGUCACGCUGCCUGGACUUCGUCGUCGCGCUUCUGAACGACAUGAACGCUCGAGUGUUUAUGUUUAUCGGCUACGAAAAGCCUGACGGGACGCGAAUUGGGGCGGACGUCGAUCUCAACAAGGAACUGGGCGGCUGCGACGAAUCCUUCAGUCAGGCGUACUCUUCCCAAGUCAAAAGUCUCCUGAACGACUGGUGCAAUUGGGUUGGAAACGUCUUCGACAACCAAGAGGACGCUGACCCCAACGCACCCGCCACGAAGGCCGUGUUUUCCAAGUACAAGCAGCUCGAGCCGAUGGACCUUUACACCGACGGCACCCCGAUCCUCCCCGCUUUCUCAACCAAGCCUCGUGGAAUUGAACCCGCGGUGUGGCGUGCCAACCAGCUUCGCAGCUUUUUCACUCGGCAUUUCGUCAUCGCCAAAGGUGACGAUCCUCUUCCAGAAUCUGUUCCUCUCGACUUCGUGCGACCCCGUGUGCCCUGGACGGCCCUCAAGGAACAUGUCUCUCGGUGUAUCAGCACCGAGUACCUUCCGAAGAGGCUUGCCGACGUGUUCCACGAUCCAUGCAAGAUGAGUGCCACGAACCUCAGGAAGGUGUACGACCAUCUCUACGCACGCCAGCAGGACCCCGAAAUUUACCAUGACUUCUGCUUCGAUCAAAUUCCAUUGAGGUGCUACGAGGGUCCUACGACUGCAAACAACUUUACGGGAUAUAUGUUCGUGGAUGCCGAGAAGCCCAAGAAAAGGAUGGUGACCACAUCGGACGAUGAAGGUCCAGGAGGACACAUCGACUACCUCUUACUACGACCAGAUCGUUCUCCAUCGCCUCCCACCGAAACUUUGGUGUCUACCGGAUUCCGUUCGCCUUCACCGUUUUUCUGUGACCGGUUCGAUGUUCACACACCUCCUCCCGUGGUACCUGCUGCGAGAUCCCCUUCCCCGGUUAUCCCGGACGGUUUUAACUUUGGCGGCCGUGGUAUAUUGCCUGACCACCAUCCAGAUCGUUCGGGCGAUGAUCGCCCGACACGGUCACCGUCGCCUGAAUUCUCCCAGUUCGGGUCUCAGCCGCCUUUCUCCCCUGUGUUAACCCGCCCCCUUCGGUCACCCUCACCCUCCGGCGCACACCUGACCACACUGGGCACCAAUGGUCUCCCCCCGCGGUCCCCGUCUCCAUCGCUAGACCACUUUGGUGACUUGUCGCCUAUCCGGAACCAACCACAGCCGCCCCCUUCGACAACUCGCAGCCGUGGACGCCCACGGAUGCUAGUCGGUCUGAAUGUUGUGGAAGAGGAGGUCGAUUCACCCAGACAAACUCGCAGGUCAAAACGGCGCCGCGAUGACGAGUUACCGGUGGUUUCUCGGAAACGAUCGGGGAAGUAA